CAUUCAUGUGUCCUGUUUAAUUAUUUUCUUCUUCAAUAGUGUAUCGUAUUCUUGCUAUUUUGUUACUUAAUUCCUCUAGAACUCAGAAAUUAUUAUGUCCGUCAAUAGGGCAAACUCGAUCUCAAUGGACCAUUUGCUUAAUCUUCCUUCCACUUUCAGCAAGCCUAAGAAGAGUGAUUCCCAUGUUUCAAUUACUAUUCCUCAAGAAAACAAUGGUUUUAGAAUCAAUCAAACGAUUCUCACUAACGUUGUGGCGAAGAAAGAUCUUCAAACACUUCAGAAACUUGGGGGUGUUGAUGGGGUGGCUUAUUGUCUGGAAACCAACCUGGACAGCGGGAUUAAUGGUAGUGCUGAGGACAUUACUCGCCGACGUGUGGCGUUUGGUUCCAACAUGCAUGGUAAGAAACAGCUCGUUAAAAGCUUUUCCUACUUCGUGGGGAAGGCUUUCAGACAUCCUACUAUUAUGAUCUUACUCGGUUGUGCAGCACUUUCCCUUGCCAUUGACAUUAAGGAUCAUGGUGGCGCCUUCAAACAACGCUGGUACGAAGGCGGAGGCAUUUCCCUUGCCGUCUUUGCGCUGAUUGCCUCCUCUGCUACCGUAAACUACUGGCAGAACAGACAAUUGGACAACAUUUUUCGAAUCAGCAAUGAUAUCCGGAUUAAUGUCAUUAGGCGCGGCCAGCGACAACAGAUCUCUAUUUAUGAUGUAGUUGUAGGAGACAUUGUUUACCUGAAGAUGGGGGAUAAAAUUCCAGCGGAUGGAUUGUUCCUCGACGGAUAUUCUCUGCAAGUAGAUAAAUCAAGCAUGUUCGAAGACAGAAACCAUAUUGAGGUGAAUUUGAGGCGAAACCCCUUCUUAGUUUCCAGUGCCAAGGUUAUCAACGGGUUUGCCCGAAUGCUCGUUACUUCAGUCGGAACGAACACCACCUGCGGCCAAAUGAUGAAUUUAAUCAACCGUGACGAGAAAGAGAAGUCCCCACUUCAAAAGCGGGUCAAAAAGCUAGCAUUGUCAAUACGAACGGUUACUGACCUGGUUCUUGUGGUGCUGUUGGUAAAUGACUACUUCACCAGCAAUGCAAGCAACGGAAAAAGAAACAAAGCCAAUGAUCCACUAAAUGCUAAUCCACUGAAUACUAUUAAAGGCAUGGUGGCUGCUACCGCUAUUAUCAUCAGCACUGCUUCUCCAGAAGGCCUGUUGUUUGUAGUUAAACUGACUCUAACAUAUGCAAUGAAGAGAAUGAUGGUGGAUAAAUUGAUGGUCCGAACACCCUCCGCGUGCGAGACAAUGCGCUCCAUCACCACCAUUUGCACCAACAAAACGGGGACUCUCACGCUUAACCAGAUGAAGGUGAAGAACUUUUGGCUCGGCCAGAAACCCAUGGAUAAGGUUGCUUCCUCUUCUUCAAUUUCUCCCCAUGUUGUUGACUUGAUCCUUCAAGGAGUUGCUCUGAACACAAUGGAAGGUGCUUAUAAAGGUUCUAGUAGAUUAAUGGGCUCAGAAUUCUUUGGUAAUUCAAUGGAAAAGGCACUGCUUUCUUGGGCUGCCUUGGAACUGAAGAUGGAUUUGGAGAAAAUGAAGCAGAAUUAUUCAAUCCUUUUUGUUGAAACGUUCAAUUCUCGAAAGAAACGGAGUGGAGUUCUGAUCAAGAAUAAAGAUGCCAACACAGACGUGCUUCAUAUUCACUGGAAAGGGGCAGCAGAGAUGAUUCUAGCAAUGUGCUCCAGUUACUAUGAUACUUCAGGAAAUACCAAAGAUAUGAAUGAAAAAGAAAGAAUGAAAUUUGAGCUAAUUAUUAAUGAAAUGGCAGCCAGCGGUCUCUGCUGUGUUGCUUUUGCCUACACACGAGUUUCAAAAGAAGACGGGGAAGAUCUAAAAGAGAAGAAAAAGCUUAAGGAAGAAAAUUUGACACUGUUAGGACUUGCGGGUGUUGAGGACCCAUGCCGGCCAGAGGUGAAGGAAGCCGUGGAACUCUGCCACUGUGCCGGUGUGAAGAUCAAGAUGAUCACAGGUGACAAUGCAUGCACUGCAAGAGCCAUAGCCAUUGAAUGUGGUAUUCUCCAAUCUGGUGAUGAAGACAAGGAAGGUGCCAUCGUGGAAGGUGAGGUAUUUAGGAAUUAUACGCUGCUAGAGAUGAUGGAGAAAGUUGACAAUAUCUGCGUGUUGGCACGAUCAUCUCCUUCCGACAGACUUCUCAUGGUGCAGUGCCUAAAAUUGAAAGGACAAGUAGUUGCAGUCAGUGGCAUAAACGAUUCUCGGGUGCUUAAAGAGGCCCACGUUGGACUCUCUCUGGGGAUUCAAGGGACGGAAGUUGCCAAGGAAAGCUCUGACAUUGUCAUCUUGGAUGAUAAUUUCGCAACCGUUGCUAUGGCUUUGACGUGGGGAAGAUGCAUCUACGGUAACAUCCAGAAAUUCAUUCAGUUCCAGCUUACCAUAACCGUUUCUACUCUAGUUAUCAACCUUUUGGCAACUAUUUCUACUGGCGCAGAUUAUUUAACGGCAGCUCAAACGUUGCGAGUGAACAUGAUCACAGGGAUGUUGGGUGCUCUGGCUUUGGCUACAGAACACCCCGCCAGUGACUUGAUGGAGAAGCCACCUGUUGGCCUGAUGGAGGGUCUCAUUACCAACAUCAUGUGGAGGAAUCUCCUAGCUCAAGCUCUUUACCAGAUUGGGGUCCUCCUGGUGCUCCAAGGCAGAGGAGCAUCAAUCUUCGGUCCAACAAAGGCUAUACAUAACAUCUUGAUCUUUAAUACUUUCAAUCUCUGUCAAAUUUUCAAUAUAUUCAAUGUGAGGAAGCUUGAGAAAAAGAAUGUUUUCAAGGAUGUUCAUAAGAGCUGGAAGUUUCUUGUGAUUGUUGGGAUUAUGAUUCUUCUCCAAGUGCUAAUGGUGGAGUUUCUGAGGCAGUUUGCCAAUACAGAGAAGUCGAAUUGGAAGGUGCUUGCCCAUACAGAGAAAUUAAAUUGGGUCAACUGGGGUACUUGUGUGGCCAUUGCUGCAGUCUCUUGGCCCAUUGGCAUGAUCGUCAAGUGCAUACCGAUACCACAACUCCGAUCAUUAUAAGCUAAUCUCAAGCUUACUUCCAAACAAAAAGGAAAAAAAGCUAAUCUCAAGUGGACCACCAUGUAGGACCUCGAGUUUCUGAACACAAUUCUGUAACCAUGUCUUGGUGUGAGAGGAGCAACAGGUUACAUAGACAACAAUUUGGAUUUGUGUCUUUAAUUGUUAGAGAAAUUCUUUUUGAUGUUAGGCAUAAGAUUUUAGGAUUUGUUAGUUUAAAAUCUUCCUCACUGUCCAUGUGCAUUGCUGUGCAAUAGUUGCUUGUACAAAACACACUAGUAUAGCUGUAGGAUGAAGAGUUUUCUUGGUUAUAGUCUUCCCAAUGAUUGUAGCAACUUAAGGUGCUCUAUGUACAAACAGCAGUUUCCAAGAUAAAUAAAGCUUUACAUUUUAU